GCCCACCACCAACGGUGAGCACUGCACCGGCGAUGGCAUCAAGAUGGGCGAGGCCAUUGGUGCAAAGACGAUCGACCUCGAGUGGGUUCAGGUGCACCCGACGGGCCUGGUGAAGCCGGACGAUGCUGAUGCGAAGAUCAAGUUCCUGGCUGCCGAGGCCCUGCGAGGCGUGGGCGGCAUCAUCCUCAACGCAGAGGGCGACCGAUUCUGCAACGAGCUGGGACGCCGCGACUAUGUCACGGGCGAGAUGUGGAAGAGCAAGCCACCGUUCAGGCUCUGCCUCAACCGCGCUGCAUCAGACGAGAUCAUCUGGCACUGCAAGCACUACACGGGACGUGGUGUCAUGAAGUACUACAACAGCGGUGAUGACUUGGCCAAGGACAUGGGCGUCUCCCUGUCCGUGAUCGAGAAGGCUCACGAGGACCACUACCAG